AUGGUCCUGAAUCACGUCUCUCCUUCCGUCCCCGACCACCUGAAAGCUCUGGUCCGUAGACCGGACCUCCUCAUGCUGGAGAGUUUCCUUGCUCCCGGCGAGGAUAAGGCGAACCCUUUAUCAUUCAGAGUGGUGUGCUUGGCACAAUGCAGAAUAAAUCUGCUGAUGAUGGUCUUCUCCUCUUUGGAUGGACAAUGGCACAUUCUUACUUAUGAUCAAUGGAGUGCUCAGGCCACUGUUGGCUCAUUUGAGAACUCUGAGCCUUGGUUGUCCUAUCGUCGGAACGUCCACAGAUGCUUCUGUUGGCGUUUGCAUUUCAUGAACAAGUUGCUUCUCCUUGACACACACACCAUGGAGUUCUCUGUUGUCAACCUCCCACCUGAACAACCACCGAACCGCAAUUAUGUCAUCCUCGAGGCAGCGGACGGAAUGCUCGGGAUGCUCACUAAACGCUAUGAUGAGUACAAAGAAGAUGACCGAUGUUGGCUGACGUAUUCAAUUCUAAGAAAUAACCAAUGGUACUCGGAGAAGGUCAUCCAGUUGCUGGUAAAGCGUGCUGCUCUUGUUGGUGUAGCUGGGGGAUACCUGCUCGUGGAAGCGUUGUACACCCCAUCUACACAACACAUGCUUAAAUUUGGAUUAUUUUCCGUGGACGUCAAGAUGUUGCAGGUCGAGUUGUUCGCUGAGAUUAGCAAACCCAACAUGUAUGGUCGACUAUAUGCUGGUUUGCCACCAUCAUUGUGUGCACCAACUAUUUGA